CUCUGCCGCAGAAGGCGGGGGGAAAGCGGGGGGGAGGAGGUCGAGGGAGACGAGGAAGAGGCGCGAGAGAGCGCUCCCCCCCCCGCGCGCCGCCGACCGAGGGACAGCACUGCAGAGGCAGCGCCGCUCCGCACUGGGAAGGAGGCGGGAACGAGCUGCAGCCGGACCGUGGCGCGGCGGCGGCGGCGGCGGCAGGAGGGGCUGCACCUUCCUCGUUGGCGCCUCCUGCAGCCGCCUCCGUAGCGCUCCCCCGGAGUCGUGCGCUCCCGGCGAAGCCGCCGCCUUCCUCCGCCUGCAAUGGAGCCGGCGGGCGCAGCCGCUGGGCCGGCGGCCGUGGCGGGAGCGCCUCCGCUCUUCCUGAGCAGCGGCGAGCAGCAGUGCUACUCCGAGCUGUUCUCGCUGUGCUGCGGCGGCGUCCAAGGUGCACUCGAGGCGGGAACGGCGGGUCCCGUGCCCGCCGCUGGAGGGAGCAAAGUGGCGGAGUUGUUCCGGGCGUCGCAGCUUCCCGCCGAGACGUUUCAUCAGAUUACAGAAUUGUGUGGUGCUAAACGUGUUGGCUAUUUUGGUCGUGCUCAGUUUUAUGCUGCUCUGAAACUAAUUGCUGCUGCACAAUCUGGUCUUCCAGUACGAAUAGAAAGCAUCCAGAAUGAAUUGCCCUUACCUCGAUUUGUGGCUCUAAAACCUGAUAGUGAAAUAAGAUAUACUCAUCCAGCAGAAGCACAUGGGCCCAAAUUUCAAAUUCCACAUACAGCACUUGAAAAAAGUAGUUUCAGAAGAUUGGAUGAAGGAGAGAAACAGCAAGAAGCCAAGUCUCCUCCCAUGUCUCCCAUUGAUUCACCCCCUACUUCUCCAUCAACCUACCAGAGGAUUCCCUUGAGUUAUGGGUAUGGUGUAUUGAGAAGUGGGCUUGAGCAGCAGCACGGAGGUUCCUAUGAAGCUAGACUUUCUACUCUCCAACAAGAUGGAGCAACAUCAGGAAACUAUGGAACCAAAUCUGUAUCAGCACAUUCCUCUCUUAUUCGGUCUUUUUCAGUAGAGAGAGAGCCACAUGACAGUAAUAGUAAUUACCCAGAUGACCCCUGGAGGAUAACUGAGGAACAACGAGAAUAUUACAUCAACCAGUUCAAGUCCUUACAACCUGAUCUGAAUUCUUUCAUUUCCGGUACUGUGGCUAAGAAUUUCUUCACAAAAUCAAAGCUGCCUAUCCCUGAGCUUUCACACAUAUGGGAACUCAGUGAUGUAGACUGUGAUGGAGCAUUGACAUUACCAGAGUUCUGUGCUGCCUUUCACCUUGUUGUUGCUCGGAAAAAUGGUUAUCUUUUGCCGGAUACCUUGCCAGAAACAUUGCUACCUGACUGUCUUCAAACAGCUUCUCUUAAGCCUAAAGGUGAUCAUAUGCUGAAUUCCUAUUCAGAACCUUUAUCAGUAAGUCAACAGGCAAGGGACUUCAGUAGGACUGAGCUUGAAACGGUCUGUGAGGAUCCAAACAACUCAGCACCAUUGAUUCUCUUUGAGGCAACUUCCAUUGAGCCAGAGACUUCGCUUGACGAGAUGCCUGAUAAAGCGGCCCUGGCACAGGACACAAUUAAUGAUGACAAACAAGGUAUGAGAGUGAGUGCAUCUGCCCAAGCAAUACCAAAGGAAUUUAAGGCAUCUCAGCACUUGGCUGUCAAAGCAGUUCAGGAAUCAAGCACACUCAAAGCAAGACCAAGGUCCAGGUCUUACUCUAGCACAUCUAUUGAAGAUGCAAUGAAAAAAGGGGGAGAACCACCAACUCCCCCACCAAGGCCACAGAAAUCACAUUCCAGAGCAUCCUCCUUAGAUCUGAAUAAAAUCUUUCAGCAAAACACACAAGCACUUCGGGCAGGCUGGCUGCCACCACCGCCACCACCUGCCCUUCCUCCUAGGCCUUCCAUAUCACAGGUUUCUCAUCCUAUCACAAAUGCCAAACCAAAUACUCAACUCAAAUCGAGCUACGUUGACUUCGGACUUCAAGAGCAGGUGGAACAGGAAUCUGAGAUGGAAUUACCUUUGCCAAUGAACAGAAGCUCAUCACAGGUGGAAGAAAACAGCCCAACAAAAAAAGAGGUUUUGCUUACCCAACCACCAUCAAAACCAAUCCGCAGGAAAUUCCGACCUGAAAGCCAGAUGCUGGAGAACCAGGAACUUUCUCCCACUAAAAGUGUAGCCUCUUCCUUGCCUUCUGUCAAGUCUCACCACUUGAUCCCAAACAGGCAGUCUUCAAAGCAGAAGAAAGCUAUUCAAACUGCUAUUCGUAAAAACAAAGAAGCUAAUGCAGUGCUAGCUCGAUUGAAUAGUGAACUCCAGCAACAGCUAAAGGAAGUUCACAAAGAACGAACUGCACUGGAAACUCAGUUGGAACAGCUCCGACCUGUAACAGUUUUAUGACAUUCUGUAACAGAAUGUUCAGUCCAAGAACCUUUCAAUUUUGUCCGCACAAUAUAUUGGCAUGACCUUUUUUCAGUAGAAUAACACCAUUUGGAAAAAGUGACUGCCAGAUCUUUCUUGCAUUUCUUGCACCAAUUACCUUGCAGAUGAAGAAGGUACACAAUUUGAAUGUCAAACUAUAUGCCUAGAAAAUUGAACUUCUUUCUCUAAGAUUGAUCCUUCAGGAAUGCCUUAGUCAAAUUCCAUCUCUUAUUCCUAACAUUUAUUUAUUCCAAGAAUUACUGAUUUAUACCAGGUGGGUUUUUUGGGGAGGUUGGGGGAGGGCAGGUUAAAUGGUAUACUCUUCCAGGAGAUCUGUUUAUAUUUCAUUUCAAACCAGAUAAUAAUUCUUUAGCUGGCUGUGAGUUUUCAAACGCUCUUUAGCUUUAGAAUAAAUAGAAGAAGCAUCUAUGGAAUUUACUAGUGUGUUUUCAAUCCUCUGUAUUAGCACGCUAGUCACACCUGGGUGUAAGGGACAAUCCUUGCUGUGUUGGUGCAACAUCUGCACACGUCUUCCUCUAUGUCCUGUCCCUGGAAAUUGGUCCCCUGCCUGUUCCUCAGCUUUCAUCUCAGCCCCUUUGCAGAGGUUGCUGUUGGUCCAGUGUGAGGCAACUACCUCAGGUAGCAUAUGCUGUGGUGCUGGGAUGGAGGCAUGAGUGCCAUGUGACCAGCUUGUGACCCUGUGUUAGCUUGCUGUUUUCCAGUGAAGUGGAGGAUUGCCCAUCCCUAGCAUUGAACUAAGAUUCAGCUAGUCUUCAUUGGCUCACAUUGCUGCUGCAUGUAACCCAUGUGACUCAGUGUAGCCAAGUGCAAGAAAUCUGCCACAGCUGUUACAGGACGUUCUCACCUACCAGCACUAUGCGUUAUGCAAUCCCCAGGCAUGCUACUACAGUGGUAGGUUGUGUUAGCACAAGAAGAUUUCUAGAUUGUUCCUGAUGUCAGUUCUGAUCACAGGUUUUGUAUUUUACUGCUUCAAUGCUCUCAUGUGAUAAAAAAUUAUUUCCAACAUUUAAAGGCUCAUUUUUGGUAAUUCAGUUGCUUAUUUCUGAAGAUAUUUUCAGCAGAAUAACUGACUUGCUUCAUUUGUAGAAUUGUGCUUGCUCUAUAUAUUGACUGAAGUCCACACAUACUCUUUUACCCCUCAUUUGAAAUUAAUAAUUGAUUUUGUCAUCUGCCUUGUUCAAUUAGCACACUUAACUCCAAGAAAAUCUCACUGAGCUCAGUAAGACUACUUUUGAGUAUGCCAAGCUUGAACUGGAUUAUAUCCAACUAUAUAACACUCCAUGAUUUGCAAUCAGAGAUUUGAGUGACAAUGGGGAUGUGGCAUAUUGGGUGAAGGGACAAAUAGGAAAAGCUUUUUAACACAGGUAAAGUGUAUUUAAUUUAGCCUUUCCCUUAUGGUUUUGUGUUUGCACAUCACCCAAAAUAUAUCUUGCAUGUUGCAUUAUCUACAAGAUGCGUCGAUGACACCUAGUGUGGAUCACUUUGGAAGGAUCAUAGAUAUGUUUGUGGGAGAGAGAUCUACCAACAGCUAUUAACCAUUAUAAUUAAACCAAGCUUCUAUGUUCAGAGGCAAUGUACCACACAAUAUCUGUUAUGGGGGAAGGCUGCACAGCAGGAGAGGGCUAGUGUUUUCCUCUAGAUGGCUACUGUAGGUAACAGACUAGAUGUCCCUUUUAUCUGAUCUAGCAGGGCUCUUCUUGCAUUCUUGCAAUAUGCCCCAGAUCCUUCAUUUAAAACAUUCCAUGCCUCUCACUCUUUUAAUUCUUUUAAUGUCAUGAUAAGGUCGGACAUCAGAAAAUCCUGCCUGUAUUUACUAAACCAACAAGGAUAUGCUCACAAUGACCUUUGUUCUACUCUUCAAACAACCUCUAAGUUAUGUUUAUGGAUUCUUGUCCUUAGCUCACUAGGAAAGCACACAUGCUUUGUGCAAAAGGUCCCUUGGUUGUUCCCUGGCAUCUCUGGAUAGGAACAACUUCUGGGUGAAAUUCUGGAGAGGAGCUGCCAAUCAGUGCAGGCCAGGGAUGGGCAGAAGAUCGAACUCCAGAUGUUUUGGACUUCAACUCCCAAAAGCUCCUGCCAGCAUAGCCAGAAUAUCUAGAAGCCUUUUUUCCACUCCUGCUGUAGGCAAAGUGGAACCACUGGUCAAGAGAAUGCAGUUUCUGAUGAACACAGUGGUACAUAUGGUAGAAAAUUAAACACUUGCUUCAGCUAAAUUAUUCCUCACUGAAUUAUGCAUCCUUUUAUUUUUAGUAAUAUGCUAUAUCCACCAUAGAUACAUGACUCUUGGAAAAUUGUGGUGAAGAGACUUCCUUCUAGUGUGUAUCUAUUAAAGGCAAAUGAUUAAUUUGUGGUUUAUGUAACAAUGUUAUGUAGCUGUACAGUAUGAACUUCAUCAGUGCAUAUAUUAAUGUUGACAAGAACGAGACCGUGUGGGCUAGCAUUUAUAAACAGUUAUUUGAGACAGAGAUACGGAAAUACUAUGCAUAACACAAAGUUGUCUAAGAUAGUCACACAGUGAAUAUUUUAAUCUUUGAUGUACCAAUCAUAGAUGGGGGAGUGUUAAAAGAAUGUCAUGAGUUAAUUAUCCAAAAUGUAGAUGAAGAUUUUCUGUAGUUCAUAAUCAAAAAUAAUGAUACCCUAUGAGAACUUAGAAAGUACUUCUUCAUUUUUAUAGUCACAGGUUAUCAUCUGCCCAGUAUCUACUAAGGGAGCAGUCCUGAACUCCAUGGAAGGGUGACUGGGAGUCAUGAGAUGCUCUCCGUCCCCAGAUGCUCAUGGAAAGCAUCUCCAUGAGAUGUUCAUAUACCUUCCCAUGCAGCAAUGGAAAACAUCUCCUGCUCUGACAGCAGAGUCAGGAACUGGAUAUAGCAGGUGAGGUCAUGAAUCUACAGGAACUUGUCCUCCCUCAUUUCUCCUGCACACCUAACACAAAUAUCAGAACUACAACAGCUCUGGAGCUUACAUAGUUAAUUUACUUCUUAUUUCACAGUGAAAUCUCUAUUUUGGGCUGAUUCUUAGGAGAUGAUGCUGAAGCAACUUUAGUAUUAUCAAUUUACUAAUGGCAGUCAGGUUUUAAGCUACACUUAGGUUCUAACAGCAAAUGUUUAACAGUCCCCCUUCUGUCCCUUCCCAUUUCUUACUGGAAUGAUAUAUCAAAUGCUCCUAAUCAUUAGCAUGUGAUGGGUCUUCUAUGUUUUGGAACACUAAUUUUAGCAUUCAGCUUUUAGUUUUUAAAAAUGUUGUGUUUGGAGUUCUUACAGAAGAUACUAAUAGAAUUUAUCAGUUACUAAUAGAAUUUAUCUGGCAUGCAGAGUUUGUUUUGGGGGAAUGGGGUAGUAUUUUAACGAUGCUUGGGGAGAAUAUUCUUACAUAUAUAGGAUCCAGACUGUGUAGUGCUUAACAGUAUUAUAGCAAGAGUAGACAUGCUUCAGAUGAGCUCAUUGUCUCCUUGCACCUACAGCUAUUUUGUUAUUGUAAACAAAUGAUCAUGACUGGGAAAUGCACCAUGUUCUUUAUUCUUGAGACUACUUUGGGAUCAAUUUAGAUAAUAUGGACAUAUAACUACUAUAGAAAUAAUUUUCCCUACAUAUUGAGUUUACUUCUGAAGAUAGUUUGGGGUGUAGGGAGAAGUUCUUCAUGUUUGAAUAGCCCCAGAAAAGGAAUAACACUGCCAAAUCUUUAGCCUUUAGCACAUGUACGCGCACACUUAGAAAUAAAUAUUUUGUGUGUUAAAAAUCUGAUUAGGAAAGAUUGAUAAUGGCCUUCUGUAUACUAUGAUUUUUAAAAAUUUUGAUAGAAUAUGAUUACUGCAAGUAAGGUAAGAAUAUAUAUUUGAACUUUUGCUUGUUUAUAUUAUUUUGAUGCUAUUGGGCUAAUAAAAUGUGAUAGAUUUGCUUCACUAUUAACUUUUGACAUACGAUACAUUAUUGAAAAAAUAUUAUUAAAAUUUCUUUAAGUUACUAUAUACUUGCCUGUUAAGAUAUGCUCAUCUAAAAAUCAUUGGCAGUUGCUGUAUAUACUAUUCAUAUAAAAGUCUUUUGAUAUCCAGAAGCUAUGAAGUGAGUACUACAUUGAAAAUAAAACGUAUUUAUUAUUACAUGCA